UUAAUAUAAAAAUAUUCAUUUUUUUCUGUCAAUGUUUAUUAAACUAAUUGUUUUAAUUUAAAAAAUAACCAAAAAAAAAUGGAAGUUGUUGAAACAAUUGAGGAAAAACCAACUAGAAAUCAAUUUACAGUUGAUGAUUUAGAUAUUGAAAUUUUACCAAUUAUUUACGAAAUUAUUAGAAGUGUUGAAAAAGAUCCUUACGAUAAUACUCAAAAAGCCAAGGAAACACAAGACACAAGUCAAAAAAUAUUGGAGUUACAAAAAAAAUUGGAUUCUGUCAGAUCACAGAUAAGACGUUUACCAGGAAUUGAAUACAGCAAAGAAGAACAAUUACAAAAAUUAGAAACACUACGUAAACAAUUAAAAUUAAAAAGAGAAUUAUUAUUUAAAUAUCGUAAUAUGUGUACAUUUGAAGUACCAAAAGUUUAAUUUAUAAAAUUCAAUCAGCCAUCAAUAAAUUACCUGCAAAAAUGUUACGUCUUUUACUUCGUUAUUUUGCAAAUAGUGAGGAACUUGUUAGUAAAGUUGCUCAAUCAAGACCCAUGAGACGUGCUGCCCAAUUAACUGUUUAUUUAUUAACAAAAACAUCAUCAAUGAGUGGCACACAUAAAUUACCAUCAGAUCCAAAAGAAUUUGCAAUUCAAUUAAAAAAAAUUGCUGAAAAAUAUGCAAAUGACAUUAAAACAAGUGUUGAAAAUAGUUCAAAACAAAUGAAAAAAUAAUGUUUUAAUUAUUAUUUUAAUGUGUAGAAUUUUAAUUAAAAAAUGAAUUAAUAAUAUUAUUAAUUAAAAAACAAAAAA